ACAAGUUGUUUAUUACUUCCUGUUAUUCAAGUAUUCAAAGCUGAACACCCUCUGCAAAUUUAUCACCUGAGGGGUAUACUACGCAGCCAGAUUUGCGGUUAUCGAGACUUUCUAUUCACAUCAGCCUCAUCACUCCCCACAGCUGCUUAUGUUGUUCCUGAAACCCUGCCCAUACCUGCAAGUUUAAAAUCUCAUGCAACACUGUCCUUGAAGCCAGGUUCAUCUCUCCUCAGAUAGAGAAGACACUCUCUUCCACAGUUGGCAUGGCAGGAUUUUGUGAUUACCUCUACUUUAGUAGACAUGUAGACGUUUGUUACGACAUCUUUGGAAUACGGGAAACGAUUUGUAAGUGUAUGGUCGUAGGCACAGGAGGAGCUGUGACUUUUCUCUUCACUCCCGCUUUACUGGUCGCUAUAGGAUUCACCAGUGCUGGGAUAGUAGCCGGCUCCAUCGCUGCCAAACUGAUGUCUAUUUUUGCGAUUUUCAACGGAGGAGGAGUGGUAGCAGGAGGUCUGGUUGCAUUUUUGCAAUCAAUAGGUGCUACUGGUCUGACUGCGACUGCCGCUGGAGCUGUGGGCACUUUUGGAGGAACACUGGGAUGGAUGCUGUCAAGAAUUUGUGAACAAUGUGAACAAAACCAAACACAAACUGAAGACUUUUGCCCGAGAGGCGUCAUCUGUUUAUAGUCAACACAUAUAUUCACACAUGAAUCUGGAGAGGGUGUGUUCAAAAACAAAAAUAAGAGUAAAAUUAAACCAACAAAGUAAUGAGGUAACAGGGACCAAGGCGAUAGAAGAAAAUAAUCUAAUGUACCUGAUCUAUCAUAAUCCCAAUAGAAAAAAUAGUGACUGCUUUUCUUAGACAUAUUACUUCAAAGAUUAUAAAUCCUUAGAAAAUAAAUGCAUUAAAAUGUAAGAACUGCUGCUGAAGUAAUGGGACUGCAGUGUUUGCACCUAAAUAUGGAAACAAGGGUAAAGAAUAAAUGUCAUCUUCCUGUAGAUACACUGAGCUCAAAAUGAAACGUGUUGAUUAAAAGCCUGACCUAUAGAUGGGGCGGUGUACAGUGGUGGAGAAGAUCUUUAAACACUGGAUGUGAAAUGUCACAAUAGGUAGUACUGGUCUACUGAUGACGACUGCUGCUGGAGUUGUUGCUACAUUCUGUUGUUGUUUUUGUUUGGCUAAAAAACUCAUCGGAAUGUUUUAAAAAUGUAAGGGAUGCAAGGGAUAUGAUUGAUUGACAAAGUCUGACCAAAUCAAAAUGACAUUUCUGUACUCUGUUUUUAUGGUUUUUUCUGUAUAAUUCUUAAAAAAAAUAAAAAAUAAGAUGCAUCUACAUUAAA